AUGAACCCCAAGGGGUCGUCGGAUUUUUGAUUGCAUGUGCCCACUGCAUACCACUCAGGCUAAGCGUACUCAGACUCUCUCAAGCUUACGCAGACUGCGCCAAGAGUGCAGCUUACCCAUACUGCGCCAGACUCACUCAGGCGUACCCAAAUUCCGCAGCCAUUCUAGAUCAAGGCCCCUUCCUUCCUUCCCUCCGCGCCCCCCCAGUGCGCGCGCGAUGCUCUGGCGGCUGCCCCCGGGCGUUGGCCUCCGCGUAGCGGCCCUGCUCCCCGUGCACGCGGCGGCGGCGUUCAGCGCGGCUUGCAGCCCAGCGGGCUCCUGCGGCCUGGCGGGCGCCACCUCCGCCGUACGGCGCUGGCGUGCGGCGAGGCAGCGCGUAGCCGCCGCGGCGCAGGCGCUGCAGUCAGACAGCGGGCUGUGGACGGAGCCGCGCAAGCGGCGGCAGCUCAGCGACGCGCUGGAGCGGCUGGAGAAGGACGCCGCCGCCGCGCUCGCGGCGCUCCUGUCGCGCCUUCAGCGCGGCCUGCCGCCGUCGCCGCGGCCGGCCCAGAUGCCGGACGAGCUGGCGGCGGCGGAGCUCGCGGAGCGCUUGCAGGACGCCAACGCGCUCGUCUGCUGCGCCGCCGCCAGGGCCUUGGCGCAGCUGGGCACUGCCGCGGCCCCGAGCGCUCCCGCGCUGGCGCGCGCGGCCCGCGCGGGGGCGCCGCAGGCGCGGCUGCAGGCGGUGGAGGCGCUCGGGCGGCUCGGCCCCGCGGCCUCGGGCGCUGCGGGCGCCGAGGCGGUGGCCGCGGCGCUGGCGGACCCGUGCCCGCACGUGUGUGCGCGCGCGGUGCAGGCCCUCGGCAGGCUCGGCGCCGGCGCCGCGGGGGGGCCCGCCGCGCUGCUCGGCAGCGGCGACAGGUACGUGCGGGCACGGGCCGCCUCGGCCCUCGGCCGCCUCGGGGCCAGCGCCGCCGCCCACGCGGGGGCACUGGAGGCGCUGCUGGCCGACGGCCACGAGGACGUCCGCGGCGCCGCCCGGCGGGCGCUGCUCAACAUUGCCGGCGGCCAACUGGCGCUGCCCGCCGCGGCGCGGCCGUCGCUGCCGCUGGUCGCCGCGGCGCAGGCCGAGUGGGGCUACGACUUGCUGGAGAUCAACGGCAAGUCCUACAGCGGUACGCUGGGCCCGAAUGGGGUCCUUCCGCUGGGAGCCAUCGUCUGGUCGAGUGACGAGGACUACGUCGCCUCGGGGUGGAAGCUCUGCCAGCAGGGAGAUGCGUCCGACUCGCCGGGGGAGACAGCCCUCGAGGGAACGAGCCCGGCUACGAGCCCAGCUUCGAGCCCAGCUCCGAGCCCAGGCACGCUGGACUCCAACCAGAAAGGAAUGGGCGUGAUCGUCGUCCUCGGCGUCAUGAUGUCCGUCGGGUGCGCCUGCUGGAUCAAGAUGAGGAAGAGCGCGCCGGACUCGGGCAUCGGGGAUACGCCCAACAGGCGCGUGAGGGCGUAG